AUCUGCGCUCUGUACCGGCAAUUGGCAAUGGAAGUUCCGCGCGCUCGGAUGGGUCUCCAAAGCUUUUAAAAGAAGGAGCGUGACAACGAGAUAAAGUAAGAAAGACUGAAGAGGCUAGGAGGGCUGAGGAAUAUCCUUUUUUGUUCUCUUCACAAAACCCAUUUGACACAAACUUGGGACCUUUAGGAAUUUCGUGAAAAACAAUAAAACAGAAAGACUGUUGUUGCGCACAGACAAGGGACGAUGAUGACCAAACCUUAUGGGAAGUCGGGAGACGUGGUGGACCUGGUGAGCGCUCUGGGCUGGAUGGACGAAGAGCUGAGCCUCCAGGAGAGGGAGGGGGCGACCGAGAUGGGGCGCUACGGAUUGGGCAGGGCCGGGCAGGGCGGCGAUGGAGGAGGAGGCGGAGAGGACCUGGGGAGCGAGGACCUGGAGGAGGAAGGGGAGGAGGAGGAGGAGGAGGAGGAGGACAACAACUUCAGAGAGGAGGAGGAGGAGGGUGAGAAGGCGCCCAAGAGGAGGGGCCCGAAGAAGAAGAAAAUGACCAAAGCCAGGCAGGAGAGGUUCCGCGCCCGCCGCGUCAAGGCCAACGCCCGCGAGCGCUCGCGCAUGCACGGCCUCAACGACGCCCUGGAAAACCUGCGCCGCGUCAUGCCCUGCUACUCCAAGACCCAGAAGCUGUCCAAGAUCGAGACCCUGCGGCUGGCCCACAACUACAUCUGGGCCCUGUCGGAGGUGCUGGAGAGCGGCCAGUCCCUGGAGGCCCCGGGCUUCAUGGAGAUGCUGUGCAAGGGGCUCUCCCAGCCCACCAGCAAUCUGGUGGCCGGCUGCCUGCAGCUGGGCCCUGCCCCCGUGCUGCUGGACGAGAAGUGCGGCGGGCCGGGGACGGCCGGCAUGGCGGGGCAGCAGCGGCACCCGUUCAGCUACCCCUCCCCUGGCCUGCCCAGCCCUCCCUACGGCUCCCUGGAGGCCUCCCACCUGGUGCACUUAAAAGGCUUCAAGGGCAGAGCCUACGAGAACCCCUCCCCGAACGAGUGCAGUGCCGGCACGCCCCCCUAUGACGGGCCCCUGACUCCGCCCCUCAGCAUCAGCGGCAACUUCGCUCUCAAGCAGGAGCCCUCGCCGCAUGAUGCGGAGAGGGGCUACGCCCCGCACCCCGCCCACUUCCUGUCCUCGCACCAGUACCCGCCCUCCUCCAUGGGGGGUCUGCCGGGGCCCCAGGGCCACGCCCUUUUUCAGGCGUCCCGCUUUGAGCUGCCCCUGGACAUGGCCUUCGACUCCUUCGCCCCGCCCCACAUGGUGGCGGCACAGAUGGGCGCCAUUUACAGCGAGUGACAUGGAUGCCUUCGUGCCAUCUGGCCCUCGACUUUGUACCUGACCGAACCCCUAGAUUCGCAUUAUAUAUUUUAAAGCCUCAUCUGUAGUGAUACAGCUCACCGUCUCCACACUGUCCGUUCGCACAACUGGAUAUUGACUGAAUCCAGCCUCGGUGACUUGUGCAAGGUCACAGCGGUGGUGGGAGUUGGAUCUGCUACCUUGUGUUUGCAAUUCCUACUCCGUACCCUUUUCUGUCAGGUGUGGGAGUGAGUGAGUGAGAGCUAAUUACAGAACAAAGCAGUGCAACGAACAACAACAUUUCAGAACAUCAUAACAGCGGACAAAAAUGCUCAAUAAUAAGCAAACAAUUGUUUUCGAAAAUGGUUCACAUACUUUUGCCAGCAGACUUCCUGUAAUGAUACAACAGCUAUGUUUUUGACAGCAAUUAACCAGUUAUCACAAAAAAGUAGUAAACUAUGCCCCAAUUCGAUGUCAGUUCUCUUUGCAUUGACUUAGGAAAUGAAUUGGAAAUGUCUAAAUUAUGUUGGUACAAAAGGAUAUCAUCCAGCAGCAGUUUGGGAGUUAUUUUCAAUGUAAAAGACUCCACUUAUACAAUGUUUACAAAAAAAAGCGGACCUGUAAGCACAGUGCUGUGUGUGGUCACAGCGUGUUAGUAUCAGGAAAGGGAAUGCUUGCUUUAUAUGAUGUCAACGAACGUUUCUUGUUCACCGCACUGAUUGAGCUUUGCAAAUCCAACCACCCCACCACCUAAACAGCAAAACUACCUGUAAAAACUGAAAGCGAACGAGAAGGAAAUGCAGAAUUUAAUUUAUUUAUUGUCACUGUUGUUGUAUUGACUGUUGUUAUCAUUUUUUUUUUUUUUGGUCAUUCUCAAUGUCAUUUUUUGAAAAGAGACUUCUCGGUUUUCCAGAUUUACAGGAAGACCAAAUUGAACUGAGCCACGUCGGCACAUACGAGCAUUGUUAAUUCAUUCCAACAGACAGAAAAGCUUCAAGCCCUUGCGUCAGGUUCUUCUGACUCAGUAAAUGAAAGAGAAGCAAAGUUACCCACAGUGCUUGCAACUAACUAACUGAGAUGUACCAUACAACAUCAAUGCUGAAUCUAUUCAAGAAACUCACCAUAUCUGAAUAAGGUUUAGUGAGUGAAUCCUUGAAUAGCAAAGGAACAGUCAACGGGCACAAUUAGUCCCAGUCAAAAUACCUACCCAUAAACAUGGUCUCUUUAUGGCCUGAAGGACAUAGGGUCCAACCCCUUGCCUUAGUGCACAUCUCAUUGAAACGCCCCUGACCACUGUUUUCUUCAGUGGAAAGUCAAACAGCUCUUCCAAGGAAAAUGACUCUUGCCUAAUACCGAACAUGGUCAUAAGCACAAAUGCAUUUAUUUAUAUCAGUAUUUAAUAUUUAUUUGGAUUUCUGUUUGUUUUUGCGUCAUUGUCUCCUCCAGCCUUUCGUUGUUUUUAUUGUUGUUUGUGUCGUUUACUUUCCUGUGAUACUGUACUGCUGUGUUGUUGGAACGGUAGCAGCCAUUGACUUAAGCAUUUAAAUUAUUUAUUCUAAACUCUUUUAGGUCAUUGCUACUUUUUUUGGGUGCCUCGCCCCUGAGCCUUGUUGUUUUUCAUUCUGAUUGAUUAAAUUUAUGUAAAUAUUUUCCCAUUUCGCACUUAAUAAAUGAAACGUAGUAAUAAUAAUAUAUAAGUCAUAUGCGAGGCAGCUUUGGAGUGCCGGGCUGUGUGGGGUACCGCGCUAAUAUCCUGUUGUAAAAGUGAGCCUGACUCUCUGUGCAAAUGUGAAAGGUACUCGAGUGGCUCUUUAUGAAUUCGUUCUGCCUCCUGCUCACCUGAGUAUGAGAACCUAUCAUGAGCUAGCUGAGGAUUCUGAGCUGUUUUACAGUAGAGGCACUGACUGUACUGAAAGGGCUCAGGUGGGCAUGUGGGUCACCCUUUAGGGGCCGGUCCCCCUGGCCUCGUGGACUCAGCUUCGGGGAAGGGGGUACCUGGGGCAUUUGGUUUUCUGUGAGGCAAUAAAACCUUGAGGAAAGUCCUCUGAUUGGACAUCAGCGUCCAUAAAUGAGUCCGAUGAGGACAUUCACUCGUGUGUGAGAGAGAGAUUGUGUUCAGGAACAUUCACCCAAAUGCUUUCACGGCGAUUUCACUUGCUAAAUCUGCAAAAUGAAUCAGGGAAUCAGCUAGUAUUGAUUGGUUUAUUUUUUAAUUUAAAACAAAAAAUCCACCUUGAUGUAAAAAAUCUGGUGAACUAUGGACCUAGUGUUUUUUUAUACAGAGCGAAAACAGCCCUGGAUGUUGUUUUGAUCUCAAACUAAAGAGCAUGUUUUAAGAGGGAACCUGUGGAGUGUUAAACACAUAGGCUGACAUCCUGCUUUAGCCUCUGGUACAUAUUUAAUAUCAAGUGGCUCAACAGUAUCUCUGUUAAUGUCCUCACAUAAGAAGUAGAAGCAAUGUUGCUCCAUUUAAAAUGAAAGUAUCUGUGAAAGAUAACAA